AUGGCGACACUGCGCGCGGUUCUGCAGGAGACGGCGAGGCUGCCGUGGGUCAACGCCGCCUUCUUCGGCCUGCAGAUGCUGCUGACGUGCAUCGCCCUGGCGGUGGGCGACGCCGCCGACGUGCGCGCGCAGCACGACACGCCGCUGACGCCCGCGGCCUACGCCUUCUCCAUCUGGAAUGCCAUCUACUUGCUGUGCAUGAUCCUGCUGAUCACCGACGUCUCGUACGCCGGCCUGUCGCUCUACGACUCGGCCGCCAAGCCCAACGCGUUGCGGCUGUGCUUCGCCGCCUCCUGUGUGGCCAACGGCACGUGGUGCAUUGUGCUGGCCAGCGGAGACGUGCUUGGCGCCAGUGUGCUCGUGUCGCUGCUGUGGCUCACGCUGCUGCCGCUCUACGUCUUCGCGAGCUACGAGCGCAACGUCCAGACGGUGCAGUGGCACGAGUAUCUGUGCAGUGAGCUGUGCGUGCGGCUGUACUUCGGAUGGAUCACAGUGGAGGCGGUGCUGAGCUGGACCAUGACGCUGCAGAUCGACGCCGGCGGGUUCCUGCCGCUGUCGACGUACCUGAUAUUGCUGGCCGCGAUGCUAGUCGUGGCGCUUUCGGGGCUCUCUCAUGGUCGUGACCCGGUCAUGGCUCUCGUGGUGGCGUGGGCGCUCGUGGGCGUCACAUCCAAGGACGUCUCGAGCUUCGACCCAAUUGCGUUUGCCGAGCUCGAGAAAGUGCAGGCCGCAAGUACACUCGGAGCUGGCGUGUUGGUGGCCAUGGCGCUCGUGUCCUGCAGCUACAGGGCCUUGCAACUCAACUGCGCGUCCAAGCCGCUGUCGCCCCGCCCUCGCCGACUGUCGAGACUCUCGCAAGCCUCCACCAAGGACAACGAGUACGGGGCCAUCUCACUCGCCUAAGCCACCACCGUCGCCACCACGGUGGCGCUCAAAUGUAUCCAUCUUGCCUUG